UUUGUGUCUCACACUCCAGUCCAGCAGGUGGCGGUCGUGCACUUUCAAAGUGGGAUACGAAGGGACAUAAACACCAAGAAGAAGAAGAAGAAGAAGAAGGAAGUAGGCAGUGCUCGUUCAUAAACCCAUUCCGGAGGGUGAAAGGGAGAAGAAGGUGUCAUUCCCUGUAACUGUCCCAGUUUUUGGAUGUGACAGAAGAGACACGAAUGUCAUGGCAAGAAAGACCAGAAAUAUUAAGGAGGAGGUGGACUGUGAAUGGGGAUAUGUCCACCCUGCUCAUGGGAGUCUGUCCGUUAAAGAUGAGGAUUGUGAACAGGGGGCCGUGCCCAUUAAGGAAGAAAUUGACGAGAAACCUGUCAUCGGUAAUAUGCAGAAACAUACAAUUAAACACAGAGUCGAGAAAGAAGACCUUCAUUUAGGGUCUCUCUCUCAUCCUGGUAGUAAAGAUGGAGGUGUGACAGGAUUAGUCUCCCCUCAGAGUGGAAACUGUUCUGUCCAGGAGUAUUCUGUCAGUGUGGAGUCUGAUGUUGAUUUAGACACAAAGACCACUGAGGAAGUAUCAAGGAGAAGAAUGCCAGGCGGUCAACCAUCAUCUACAAAUCAAUGUGGAGAAGAUAUACAGAAGAGUCCCAGCUUGUCCCCCUCUUUGUGUGUUCAGAUUUCACUCCAUGACAGACAGCAACGAACACCACAUGCUGAAAAUAUGAAGAAAAUGGCAUCUGGACCACAAACUUUGUCACCAGCCUCUCUGCAGUUUUUUCCUCAGCCGGUUGUCAAACAAACAAAAAUGGGCAUAAUUAAUACUCGAGAACAGGAGCAAAAUUUCAAUUCAGGAGCUUAUGUUUGCCAAAACCAAAGGAAACAUUUGAAAAGGAAAUCCAAAUUUGAAGGAAAUCAGUUAAACCUUACAGAUCAACACCAAUAUUGCUGUUCUGAGUGCGGCAAACAGUUUUUAAAAAAGAAACCUCUUGAGAUCCACCAAAGAGUUCAUAGUGGAGAGAAGCCAUAUUGCUGUUCACAAUGUGGCAAACAAUUCUCUUACAAGAGCAGCCUUAACACCCACAUGAGAACUCACACCGGAGAAAAGCCUUAUUGGUGUUCUGAAUGUGGUAAGGGAUUUUUUAACAACAGCCGUCUUCGGAGGCAUGCCAGAAUUCAUUCUGGGGAGAAACCAUAUUGCUGCCCCGAAUGUGGCAAAAGAUUUUGUGUCAAGAGCAAUCUUAAGAGCCACAUGAAUUGCCACACAAGAAUGAAGUCAUAUUGCUGUUCUGAAUGUGGAGCACAAUUUGCAUUUAGCAGCCAUCUGAAAAACCACCAAAGAGUUCACACAGGAGAGAAACCAUAUUGCUGUUUGGAAUGUGGAAAACAAUUUUCACAGAUUGGUGCUCUACAAACCCACAAAAGAAUUCAUACUGGAGAGAAGCCAUAUUGCUGCUCCGAAUGUAGCAAAAGAUUCUCCGACAAGAGCAGUCUUAACUUUCAUAUGAGAAAUCAUACGGGCGAGAAGCCAUAUUGCUGUUCAGAAUGUGGAAAGCGAUUCUCGCAAGCGAGCAAUCUUCAGAGCCACAAAAGAAUUCAUACUUCUGAGAAGCUGUAUAGCUGUUGUGAAUGUGGCAAACAGUUCUUAUACAGGACUAGUCUUAACACCCACAUGACCGUUCACACUGGAGAGAAGCCAUAUUGCUGUUCUGAAUGUGGGAAACGAUUUUCAAUACUGAGCAAUCUUCGCAGACACACAAAAAAUUCCCACCAGAGAGAAGCCAUGUUGCUGUUAUGAAUGUGGGAAACGAUUUUCAAUACUGAGCAAUCUUCGCAGACACACAAAAAAUUCCCAUCAGAGAGAAGGCAUGUUGCUGCUUUAAAUAUGGCAAACGAUUUUCACGAAGUUAGCCAUCUUCAGAAACGCACACUGUAAAGAAGACACAUUCUGGGUGUAGUGAGUAAUUUUUAAAAACGAGCAAUCCUGAGAGAGAAACAAAAGUAUAUCAAAAGGAAAGUAAAUAGUAAGUCUACAAAUAUACUGAUUUACAUUUUGCUCCAGCCAAACUUAAAUCAAGAGCAAACCCAUGGAUGGUGUAGCAGUGGUGAACAAAAACCAACUUAUCAUAGCUGAACUCCAUAGUGACCUGUGAACAGAGUGCUACAAGAUACCAGCAGAGGGGAAAAAAGUGCCAGAGUGAGACACUGGGACCACCUCACAGAUAGAAUAAUGGAAAUGAAAAAGGUACUGGUCACAUGGUAUACACCAAUCCCAACUAAUCCCAAAAUUGAUGCUGGGUAACCGGACAAUGUUCUUACAGGGAAAUGGAAGUUUUAGUUCAAAGUGACAAGUCCAUGCUGAUAUUUGAAGGGAGUUAACAAUAGAAAAUGACAUGAAAUGUAAAUGAAGUUACGUGAGGUCAGUGCAGUGUUGUGACGAAUUUCAAGGAAAACCCAGGUGGGCCCUUUUACCCCCUUGACUUGUGUGAUGCGUAUCCUCAUCUCUGAAAGCUGCGUUUUCUUCAUACCUCCUCUCACGUCAUCAAUCUGCUAUUUCUUUGUUCUACUUCUAGGCCUCUUCUAUUUUUAUUUUUAUAGGCAGCCACUAUUUGAUAUUGAUUAAAGUUUUUUUGUUUAUUCUGUAUUUAGUUGAAUUCUGCUUUGAUGAUCCAAUUCACUUGGGUAUUCUGUUCACUGUAUGUGGAAAUCAUAGGAAUUAUAUUUUGCUUUCCUUUAUUAUUUGAUCCUUUUUGGAAGUCUUUAAGACUAUUCCUAAGUAGGGUUCUUGUAUAACCUCUUCUUCUUAGUGCCUGAAAUCAUAUUCUGGUAGAUUUCAUGAAGUCCUGUGGUGUAGAACGAAUUCUUUUAUAUCUUAAAAGUUGCAACUUGAUGAUGCUUUUGUGAGUGUGAGAGGGGUGGAAACUAUCCUUGUGAAGGAGGCCAUGAGUAUCUGUGUCCUUGAAGUACACUCUAGUCUGCAGAUCCUCAUCUGAUUUUAUACACGUCGGUGUCAAGGAAAUGUACUGAAUGGUUACUUACAGAGCAUCCGGAAAGUAUUCCCAGCGCAUCACUUUUUCCACAUUUUGUUAUGUUACGGCCUUAUUCCAAAAUGGAUUCAAUUCUUUUUUUUUCCUCAGAAUUCUACACACAACACCCCAUAAUGACAAAGUGAAAAAAGUUUGAGGUUUUUGCAAAUUUAUUAAAAAUAACAAAACUGAGAAAUCACAUGUGCAUAAGUAUUCACAGCCUUUGUUGAUGCACAUUUGGCAGCAAUUCCAGCCUCAAGUCUUUUUGAAUAUGAUGCCACAAGCUUGGCACACCUAUCCUUGGCCAAUCAAGAACAGGGAUACCAUGGUCCUUAAACCAGGUACUGGUAGCUUUGGCACUGUGUGCAGGUGCCAGGUCCUGUUGGAAAAUGAAACCUGCAUCUCCAUAAAAUUCGUCAGCAGCAGGAAACAUGAAGUGCAGUAAAACUUCCUGGUAGACACCUGCGUUGACCUUUGGACCUCAGAAAACACAAUGGACCAACACCAGCAGAUGACAUGGCACCCCAAACCAUCACUGACUGUGGAAACUUUACACUGGACCUCAUGCAACGUGGAUUCUCUUCCUCCAGACUCUGGGACCUUGAUUUCCAAAGGAAAUGCAAAAUUUACUUUCAUCAGAGAACAUAACUUUGGACCACUCAGCAGCAGUCCAAAGGCGAGACGCUUCUGACGCUGUCUCUUGUUCAAGAGUGGCUUGACACAAGGAAUGCGACAGCUGAAACCCAUGUCUUGCAUACGUCUGUGCGUGGUGGUUCUUGAAGCACUGACUCCAGCUGCAGUCCACUCUUUGUGAAUCUCCCCCACAUUUUUCAAUGGGUUUUGUUUCCCAAUCCUCUCCAGGGUGCGGUUAUCCCUAUUGCUUGUCCACUUUUUUCUACCACAUCUUGUCCUUCCCUUCGCCUCUCUAUUAAUGUGCUUGGACACAGAGCUCUGUGCACAGCCAGCCUCUUUAGCAAUGACCUUUUGUGUCUCGCCCUCCUUGUGCAAGGUGUCAAUGGUCGUCUUUUGGACAACUGUCAAGUCCGCAGUCUUCCCCAUGAUUGUGUAGCCUACAGAACUCGACUGAGAGACCAUUUAAAGGCUUUUGAGUUAAUUAGCUGAUUAGAGUGUGGCACCAGGUGUCUUCAAUAUUGAACCUUUUCACAAUAUUCGAAUUUUCCGAGAUACUGAAUUUGGGACUUUCAUUAGUUGUCAGUUAUAAUCAUCAACAUUAAAAGAAAUAAACAUUUGAAAUACAUCAGUCUGUGUGUAAUGAAUGAAUCUGAUAUACAAGUUUCACUUUUUGAAUGGAAUUACUGAAAUAAAUCAACUUUGUCAUGGUAUUCUAAUUUUAUG